AUGGCGGGAGGGCUCCUGGCCACCACCAGCGAUGAAGACCUUCCUGGGGACCUGCAGUCACUGUCCUGGCUCACGGCUGUGGACGUGCCUCGGCUACAGCAGAUGGCAAGUGGCCGCACGGACCUGGGCGGCCCUAGUGCGCCCCACCCACACCCAGGUUCCUUGGCUGGGGUGGCUGACCUCCAUGUGGGAGCCGCCCCGGGCCCCCUACUCCAUGGCCCGGCUGGCAUGGCUCCCCCAGGCAUGCUGGGCCUGGGCCCCCUGGCCAGCCACAGAGCCGGCAUGAGCCAGUUCCCUGUGGGGGGUCAGCCCUCCUCCAGCCUGCGUGACCCACCGCAAAUGUACUCUCCAGCUCCUCAAGGACGGUUCCCACUCCCCCCAGGCGCCCAGCAGUGCCCUCCUGUGGGCCUGUAUGGCUCCCCGUUUGGGGCACGACCUCCCUACCCCCAGCCCCGCAUGGCUGUGCACUCAUCUCAAGAACUGCACCCCAAACACUACCCCAAGCCCAUCUACUCAUACAGCUGUCUGAUUGCCAUGGCCCUCAAGAACAGCAAGACUGGCAGCCUGCCUGUGAGCGAGAUCUACAGCUUCAUGAAGGAGCACUUCCCCUACUUCAAGACAGCACCUGACGGCUGGAAGAACUCGGUGCGGCACAACCUGUCCCUGAACAAGUGCUUUGAGAAGGUGGAGAACAAGAUGAGCGGGUCCUCGCGCAAGGGCUGCCUGUGGGCCCUGAACCUGGCGCGCAUCGACAAGAUGGAGGAGGAGAUGCACAAGUGGAAGAGGAAGGACCUGGCGGCCAUCCGCCGGAGCAUGGCCAACCCUGAGGAGCUGGACAAGCUGAUCUCAGACCGGCCUGAAAGCUGCCGACGCCCCGGCAAACGGGGGGAGCCCAGGGCCCCUGUGCCAACCCACGCUACCACGGUGGCCAUGGCCCAUGGCUGCCUGGCCGUCUCCCAGCUCCCGCCCCAGCCACUGAUGACCCUGUCCCUGCAGUCAGUCCCCCUGCACCACCAGGUCCAGCCCCAGGCACAGCUGGCCCCAGACUCUCCUGCCCCGGCCCAGACCCCACCCCUCCAUGCCCUGCCAGACCUGAGCCCCAGUCCCCUCCCGCACCCAGCCAUGGGAAGGGCGCCUAUGGACUUCAUCAACAUCAGCACCGACAUGAACACUGAGGUGGAUGCCUUGGACCCCAGCAUCAUGGACUUUGCUCUGCAGGGAAACCUCUGGGAGGAGAUGAAGGACGAGGGCUUCAGCCUGGACACGCUGGGAGCCUUCGGAGACUCGCCCUUGGGCUGUGAGCUGGGGGCCUCGGGCCUGGCCGCCGUGUCCGGCAGCAGUGGCCAGUCCUUCCCAGACUUGCAGGUGACGGGUCUGUACACCGCGUACCCAACCCCGGACAGUGUGGCCGCGGCAGCCGCCACCUCCUCCUCUCAGUACCUGGGGGCCCCAGGGAACAAGCCCAUAGCCCUGCUUUGAGACGACGGCCUCCACGCAGGUCAGACGGACAGGGGACAGUGGACAAGCAUCCUGACCUCCCCCGAGACCUGGGAUGUGAGGCCUCCAUCCCGCUUCCCUGCUGGACUCCCCCCCCACGACCUGCAGCCCACUGUGGGACGCCUUGGUGCAGCCGGGGAACACCUGGGAAGUGUGAAGGGAAACCCUUUAAUUUAUUCUUCUUGGAUGAAACACCUGCCUCAGCCUCAAAGGGACGGGCCCUGAGGCCCAGAGAGGAGCUGGCGACUAACUUCUCUUGGACUGGAACAGGCUGAAUGAACUUUCCAAAACGGGCUCCUGCCCCGCCGGCCACCAGGCCCGCUUCUGCGGUAGUCUAUUAGGAGCGCAUAGAGCAGAUCCCCGGGCCACAUGGCCCUGCGUACAUUUAUUUAUAUUUAUUGGAGCCCAAUCAAACCACCUCUUCGAAUCCAGCCCGUAGGCCCUGGAACGAGACUCGCUGGCCUGCCUCUGCAGCCCGGCAACCCUAAUGCCUAAACCAUCCACGAAUCAGAUGCCCAGCUGGCUCUUAAUUGCUUUGCAGCCUUGGGCUGCUGUUUAGGACAAACAAGCACUUUUGAUACCAUGAAACAUCCUGUUUUUUAAAAUUAGGGACCGGAUAGUUUUC